AUGCUCCAUCGCAUCCUUCAAGAAGUCGGCCUGGUAGCCCUCUUCCACUCCCCCCUCGACUCCAAACUCCUCUGCGCCCAACGCUUCGUACGCCUGUUUGCUUAUGGCGGCUCCACGCUGAUCCUCGCCUCGUACCUAUCCGCCCUGGACAUUUCCGACGACAGGAUCGGGCUAUUCAUGACUCUGACGCUCGUCGGCGACGUCGUUAUCAGCUUCUUGCUGACCCUCUUUGCGGAUGCGCUGGGUCGCAAAGCCGUGCUUCUGCUGGGCUCCGGCAUGAUGUGUGCGAGCGGUGUGGUGUUUGGGCUUUGUGGGAAUUACUGGGCGUUGUUGGCCGCCGCCAUUUUUGGGGUUAUUAGUCCUAAUGGGAAUGAAAUUGGCCCUUUCCGGGCUGUCGAGGAGUCAACUAUAGCGCAUAUCACUCCAAAGGAGAAUAUGAGUGAUAUCUUCGCUUGGUACUCUCUCAUCGGCACUGCGGGCACAGCUCUGGGAAUGAUGGUAUGCGGCUGGUUGAUGUCGAUCUUGCAAGAGACUCAAAACUGGGAGUUUGUGGCCGCAUGUCGAGUUGUUUUCUUGCUGUAUGCUGCUGUGGGCGCGGUCAAGUUUGCGUUGACGAUGGGGUUGAGCUCAAAUGUUGAGGCUGACAGUAAGAAUAAGAAGCAGCAGCAGCAGAAUGGCAAUAAUGGACCCAGCGAGACCGAGCCGCUGCUCGGAUCCAAUAAUGGCCAAAACCAGGAACAAGAACAGCAACAGGAUGAAGUUGAAAUACCUAACCGGCGCAGCAUACCCUUCCUGCCCGGGGUUGAGUCUCAAUUCAUCGGCCUGGUUACCAGUCUCUUCUUACUCUUUGCUCUGGACUCGUUUGGUUCGGCGCUGGCUUCAUUGUCAUGGAUUACCUACUACUUCAGGAGAAAGUUUGACAUGUCUGAUGGCGAACUCGGAUCUCUUUUCUCCGGCACCAGUAUUAUCCAAGCAAUUUCCAUGCUAUUGGCAUCUUCGAUAGCGAAGAGAUUCGGAAAUGUCAAGACAAUGGUCUUCACCCACCUCCCCUCCAGCGUCUUCCUAGCUCUCAUGCCCAUCCCCUCCUCCUUCCCCAUCGCCAUGAUAUUCCUGGUCGGCCGCGCCUGUCUGCAGAAUAUGGACGUCGCCCCUCGCUCAGCCUUCCUGGCCAGCGCGCUCCCCGCCGAACAACGCACAGCUAUCAUGGGCACAAUCAACGUCGUGAAGACGACCUCGUCCAGCCUGGCGCCUGUUUUGACGGGUAUUUUGUCUUCCAGGGGUGCGUUGUGGGUCUCGUUUCUGGCUGCGGGUUGUCUGAAGAUUGGCUAUGAUCUUGGGAUGUUGAUUACGUUUGGGGGCAUGGAUAAGGAGCAGCAUAAGAAACAACAGGCUGCGGUGAGGGAUGAGGAGGAUCAAAAUUAG